CUAAUCCACAGAAACCAUUUAGAUUAACUCAGGGCUCCCCUCACUGGUCCUCGAGGCCUGGGUCGUGGAAUUCUUACUGGAUGUCUUUUUCUGUGGAUUUUAUUUUGUAUUUCUGUCGCUAGCAGUUUCUUUGGGGUGGGGUCGUGAUUGAUCCUGUCAGUCGUUGAUUUCACUCUGUGACUGAAAUGCAAAAUCUAGAUUGGCCUCAAUUUAUCCAGAAGCUGGCAAAAGCGGAUCUAGAAUUCUGCCGCCCUCCCCAUCCUCAGAGGAGAACUCUCCAUUAAGGCACCCCAGGAGUCAGGGGCAGUGCUGUCAUUAUCUUGUUAUAUUUUGGUCCAACAAAGUAAAUGAAGAGACUCCUAAAGUGGAAUUCAAUUAAAAUUAUCUUUGAUAGCUCUCAUUUUGAAAUUUGCCAGUCUAUUUAAAUCGUGUCUUUGGAUUCAGAAGGGUUUUUUUCGUGUUUGUUUUUUUGUUUUUUGUUUUUUUUUUCCAAUCAGAAAACAUUGAAAAAUGGUGCCUUCUGGAAGAAAACAUUCCGGGAAGUCUGCGAAACCAUCCGUGGGGGAUCAGGCUAUAAGAGCCUAUGAAUUUGAGCAAGAAGACAAAAAAGAUCUGAGUGGUUCAGAGGAGGAGGCCAUUGAAGAGAAGACCUCAACACUUGAGAAACAUGGGAAGAAAAGGACUUCUGCAGUAGUUGAAGAUAUGGGGGGUGAAGUACAGAAUAUGCUGGAAAGAUUUGGAGCUGAUAUUAACAAGUCUCUUCUUGCCAAGAGAAAGAGACUAGAAAUGUAUACCAAGGCUUCUCUCAAAACCAGUAACCAGAAACUUGAAAAUGUUUGGAAAAUCCAACAAGAGCAAAGGCAAAAGCUUAACCAAGAAUAUUCUCAGCAGUUUCUGACUUUGUUCCAGCAGUGGGAUAUGGAUAUGCAGAAAGCUGAGGAACAAGAAGAAAAACUUGCUAAUCUGUUUCGACAGCAACAAAAGGUUUUCCAACAAUCUAGAAUUGUUCAGAGCCAGAGACUGAAAACAAUUAGACAGUUGUAUGAGCAGUUCAUAAAGAGUAUGGAGGACUUGGAGAAGAAUCAUGAAAAUCUACUUACUGGUGCACAAAAUGAACUUAAAAAAGAAAUGGCUUUGUUGCAAAAAAAAAUUAUGAUGGAAACUCAGCAGCAAGAGAUGGCAAGUGUCCGAAAGUCUCUUCAAUCCAUGUUAUUCUGAUGACUCU